AUGAAGUGUAAUGCUUUGGAUAAAACAUUUUCGAAAUUUGAAAAAUGCAGGGUAAAAGCAGAAUCCAGAGAUUUGCAAUACUAUCAAGUUUAUAUUAAAUAUUAUCAGUUGCCAAUUAAGGAAGUUCAAACACGAUUUUAUUUCCUGAAAAAAGCCAAUGGCUAUAAACCAUUUCUCUAUGAUUUUACAUUGAAAUGUGAUUUUACAAAACAUUUAAAUUCGGUAACCAGUAUAGUUUGGCGAUGGUUUACAACAGUAUCGAAUCUUAAUCAUUCUUGUCCACUUACAGAAAAUUUUGAAAUUAAAAGAUGUGAAAAUCGUUAUUUGCAGCAACAGUUAAGUGUUCUGCCCAUAUUAAAUGGCGAUUAUGCACUUUUUGUUAAUUUUAGUACUAAUAAUGUAUCAAGAAUAACAGUGGAGUUUUAUGCAACAAUUUAUUAG